AUGACGCCGACGUCGACUCCCUGUACGGCCUACGGCGGUCUGUUGACCAACGGCGACUUUGAGUGCGGCAUUGCCCCGUGGACGAUCGAGGUUCUUGACCCAAAUAUCAAGGCUGGUCUCACCUCAGCGUCGGCCCACUCUGGAACAACUUCAUUUGAGUCGAAGCUACUGGCAGACAGGCCUCUACAGGAACCCGUAACCAGUACCAGGAUCAAAAGCCCCCGGGUUUCCGUGCAGAGAAACGUCCCUUGCAGCCUGAGCUUCUGGGUCUGGUUCGACAAUAUGAACGCUGGCUUUAUCGGGGUCAUGAUCGAUGGACAGCCCAAGAGGACAAUUGAUGCACGGGACGCCCCUGGAUGGGGGGUUUGGAAGGAAGUCACCGUGGACUACACCCCUCAGGUUAACCACGUCCAAGUCACUUUUGAGUUUCUCUACGGGAGGGUUGCCAGCGUGGCCAGGCUCGACAGUGUUGUCCUCGAAUAUUUACAUUGA